AUGGAGCUGACAUUGAUCGAUCUGGCGGCAGUCUUCGCCAAAUUCUUGAAUCAAGAUAAUUCAAGCAAUGAUCUUGGCAAAAUUCAUGUCAGUACUGAUCAAGAAUCAUCUUCGAGUGGAGCAAGUUGCACAUCCCUAGAUUUACCUCUGGGCAGUUUGGAUAGAGCAAAUCAAAUUGAAAACAUGAUAUUCCAAUGUCAAAAACCUCCUGAUUUCAUUGACGGGGAUCAGAUGCAUGAAGGGCAUCCUUCAUUAAGCAUAGAUGUAGAUAAUGUUGAAGAACUUCUGGAUCAAAACUGCAAUGCAUUCGAGUUGCAAGCUAUUCUUGGUGAAGAGAUUGGUGAGGAUGCUAGCUUGUCUGAUGGGAUAAGUUUACCAAAUUUUGAAUGGCAAUCAACUUUGCAAUUCCAAGAUUUUGGAUCAUUUUCCACAGAUGAGGCGAUGAAAAUCCCAUCAAAUUUGGCUGAUGACAAUUGGAACACAUUUGACGUGUCUAAUUUAGCAAUUUUUUUUUCUUAA